GAUGAACCAUCAGCUUACAUAUUUCAUCUUUGAUCUCAUAUUAAUGUAUUUUCAGGAUCUGAAGUGGAUAGAUUGGCAUCAAUGGCUGCGAAAUACAAAGUCUACUUAGUGACAGGUGUUGUUGUGAGAGAUGGAUACACAUUGUAUUGCACUGUUCUCUUCUUUGAUCCUGAAGGUAAUUACCUUGGAAAACAUAGGAAACUCGUGCCAACAUAUUGGGAGCGGCUCUUCUGGGGUUUCGCAGAUUGCUCGACAACUCCAGUUUAUGACACUCCAUAUGGAAAACUUGGUUCGGUCAUUUGUUGGGAAAAUAGAAUGCCGCUUUUCAGGACAGCAAUGUAUGGCAAAGGUAUUGAGAUAUAUUGUGCUCCUACUGCCGAUUCCAGGGAUACAUGGGUAGCUACAAUGAGACACGUCGCUAUUGAGGGUGGAUGCUAUGUUCUUUCACCCAUCCAGUUCUGUCGGAGGAAAGAUUACCCACCUCCACCUGAGUAUCUUUACAGUCCUACAGAAGAAGAUGUCACUCCAGAUUCUAUUGUUUGGGUUGGAGGUAGUGUCAUCAUUUCGCCCCAUGGCAAAAUUCUACCAGGACCAAAUUAUGAAGGAGAAGGCCUCUUCACAGCUGAUCUUGGUAUGGCCCUAAGUUCUCCAAUUAUAUAUCCAAAUAUUUCAGUAUAUGUUCGUAACGAGAUUCCUAAAGCAAAGUUCCAGUUCGAUGCAGUAGGACAUUAUUCGAGAGCUGAUGUGCUAAGCCUCACUGUGAACAAUCGUCCACUGCUUCCUGUUACUUUCACAUCCUCACCAUCUAAAAUCAAAGACGAUGAGGAGAUGGAUGAAUGCAAAGAUAUAUAA